UGUCAUAUUGCAGCUAACUUUACAGACGAUACAAACAGAAGGUUAGCCAGCUUGACAGCAAGUAAUCCUUGAGCGAGGAAAGGUAUUGUUUGUAUUGUUACCGCGGAUCAACACUGUUUGUGUUAUGAGAAGAGGACACUGGCUGUCUUAGGACGGUGACGGAACACCAUGGCUGCUGCCCCUCCGCUCAUACGGUCAGACUCUGCCCGGGGGGAUUUCUCUCCUCUGAAGCACUUUGUUGUAGCCAAGAAGAAGAUAAGCGAUGUGUUUGAUCAACUACUGAACUAUGUCAAAGAGACUUCAGAGUUUGUCGAAGAAACCUGUGGGAAUAAAGCGUUGGAGAACAUCGCCAGUCAGGAUCAGAAGUUGGAGAUUCAGACGUACGCUGAAAAACUUGCUGUCAUUAAGGAGGUGCUGGCACGCAGACACAUGAAAGUUGCCUUUUUCGGCAGGACCAGUAACGGUAAAAGCACAGUGGUCAAUGCCAUGCUGAGGGACCGCGUGUUGCCCAGCGGGAUCGGCCACACAACUAACUGCUUCCUGAGUGUGGAGGGCACCGAUGAUGACAAGGCCUACCUGAAGACGGAGGGCUCUGAUGAGGAGAAGAGCAUCAAGACUGUAAACCAGCUGGCUCAUGCGCUCCACAUGGAUCAGAGUCUGGACGCUGGCUGUCUCGUCCGUGUGUUUUGGCCGAAGACCAAGUGUGCUCUGCUUCGAGAUGACCUGGUGCUUGUAGACAGCCCGGGGACAGAUGUCACAACACAGCUGGACAGCUGGAUUGACAAGUUUUGCCUGGAUGCUGACGUCUUUGUGCUGGUGGCCAACUCUGAAUCCACACUCAUGAACACGGAAAAACACUUUUUCCACAAAGUGAAUGAACGUCUGUCAAAGCCCAACAUCUUCAUCCUCAACAACCGCUGGGACGCCUCAGCAAAUGAACCAGAAUACAUGGAGGAUGUGAGGAAGCAGCACACAGACCGCUGUGUGAACUUCCUGGUAGAGGAGCUGAAGGUUGUGGACCGCGAUCAGGCGCCCAAUCGUAUCUUCUUCGUCUCCGCCAAAGAGGUGCUCAACUCCCGCAUGCAGCGUGCACAGGGCAUGCCGGAAACAGGUGGAGCUCUGGCUGAGGGUUUCCAGGAGAGACUGAAAGAGUUUCAGAAUUUUGAGAGGAGGUUUGAGGAGUGUAUCUCGCAGUCAGCAGUGAAAACAAAGUUUGAGCAGCACACUAUCAGGGCCAAGCAGAUCACAGAAAAAGUCAAGAGCAUCAUGGACGCCAUCAACAUCGAGGCGGCGGAAAAGAGAGUUGCAGCACUGGAGGACAGAGAGUAUCAGAUUGACCGGCUGGAGUUUGUCAAGAAUCAGCUCAAUUUGCUGAUUGACGAUAUCAAGAAGAAGAUCAAGGCCAUCAGUGAGGACGUGGCGUCCAAGGUAUCCAGCGCUAUGGAAGAAGAGAUCUGCCGCCUCCACGUAAUCAUCGACGAGUUCCAUGCCGACUUCCACCCCUCUCCACAUGUCCUAAAGAUCUACAAGUCUGAGCUGCUGGCUCAUGUGGAGGAGGGGAUGGGCAAGAACCUGGCCUACCGCUGCUCCAGCGCUGUCAACGCUUCUGUCCAGUCCUCUCAGAGAUACAUGAUGGAGAGUAUGCUCCCCCUGCUCCCCUCUUCGGUCCAGAGUCAAGUCCACAUGCUGGUUCCCAGCAGGAAGUUUGACCUGAGUUACGACCUAAACUGCGCCACACUUUGCAGUGACUUCCAGGAGAACAUUGAGUUUCAGUUUUCAUUGGGCUGGACAGCGUUAGUCCACCGCUUUCUGGGAUCCGUCAACGCACAAAGAGCUCUCAAACUGGUGGACCAGAACUUGCAGGCCUCUCGACCGGCGCUGCCCCUGGCACCCACGCCCUCUUCAGGACCCUCCUCCAUGGUAGCUCCACCCAACAAGGAGAUGGCCCUGAUGACCCAGGAGGACCUGAUGGUAGCCAUGGCAACCAAUGUGGCAUCCCUCACUUCCCGCACCUCAAUGAGUAUUGUCGUCGUUGGAGGAGUGGUGUAUAAAGCAGUUGGCUGGAGGUUGAUUGCCCUGUCAGCCUCACUGUACGGGUUGCUGUACCUGUACGAGAGACUCACCUGGACCACGAAGGCAAAGGAGCGAAGUCUGAAGCGGCAGUUUGUGGACUACGCCACAGAGAAGCUGCAGCUCAUCGUCAGCUUCACCAGUGCAAACUGUAGCCACCAGGUCCAGCAGGAGAUGGCUACGACCUUUGCUCGGCUCUGUCAGCAGGUGGACCAGACGCAGAAGGAGCUGGAGGCUGAAAUCCGCCGACUGACAGCCAAGAUUGAUCAGCUGGAGACGGUCCAGAGCCGCUCCAAGAGCCUGCGACAUAAAGCGACAGAGUUGGAGAAGCAGUUGGAGGCGUUCACAGACCAGUACCUGCAGCCUCAGCAGUGAGCUGCUUUUCCCCACAGUUUGGUUCUUGUUGAACCAGUCAUUCCUCAGCCAGGCACCGCCUCACUACUACUACCACCAUCGCAGUUUCUGUGUGGACGGUAAAGCUGAAAAGAUCAAUUGAAUUAGUCUGCCAGCUGAAUAGAAAUGUAUUUUGAUAAUCUACGAAAUGUUAGUCAUACAUCAGGCAAGAGUUAACAAACUCCUGAAGCCUCUCAAAGGGGAAAUUUUGAAAAUUUUUGAAAAUUGUAUGUUUUUGUUUGGAUUUUUUUCCACAUCAAAAAGUCAUUUUGAAGACUUAACGACUGCUUGUAUUUUUUUUAAAACAUUUUGCUUACUGAUUGAUUACUUAAAAAAAAAUAAAAAAGAUUAAUUUAUAUAGAAAAAAAUCUUUAGUCUCACUCCUUGUGGACAAAGGAGCAUGAAGGCCCGGACAUGUCAGUAUUUCCCCUCCACCUCUUCAGCCAUUCAGCCACGCGAGAAACAGCAACGAAACUAUAAAACAAAAAAGUGCACUCACGAUGUGCAAAGACACUCCACAAGGUGGCGAUAUGAUCUCUGUCGGCGUGAAGGCUACCGGUCGGGUGCUAAGUUUCAACACCACAUUACUUGACGCUAACUGUGAAUAUGCCUUUUUUGGAUGAACUUUUGUGGAGCAAAUGAAGUUUUGUGUGUCUGUACAUGUAUCUGUCCAGACAGAUGAUCUACUGUAUGUUAGCAACAAAAAAUAAAUAUAUUUAGUGUUGAAAGAAAACAGGUUAGUUUUUUUCUGAAUUAUAAGGACCUAGUUAGUGCACUGAGAGAAAUCAUUUGAGUAGAAAGGGAAUGCAUGUCUGCAACAUACUCAACGUUCAUGUUCUAUUUUCUAAGAAUUCAAACUGUAUAACUCAAAGGCUUUGAAAAUCCUCGUAUAUUUUAUAAUAUACUGUUUUAUUUAUACCCACAAGACUUGUCACAAAAAUUGUCAUCUUUUUCCUGUGUUGAAAUACCUCCAGAUUUGCCCGAUUGUAUUAAAUCUGCUACAAUCUAAAA